AUGACACCAGAUUCCACCACGAUCAACCUACAAGACCUUCCUCCAGAAACACUAGACCAGAUAGCCAGUUAUCUUACGUCCCAUCAGCCAAGUCUUUACGCAUUCAGUUUGGCAAGUAGAGCAUGUCAUUGCAUUGCUAGCAAGCUCAUUUUUCACCAAAUCAACAUCACAGUGAGUAAUCCUGUGGCAUUGAAGCGCGACAUUGAUGGUGUUGUUGAUGCUCUGUCUCGCACAGAGUCCGCCCGCCACGUCAACUGCCUGAGCUUCAAAGGCUCCCUGUGUUUGAAUGAUGGUAGAAAUGCCGAAUCAAAGAAAGAGGCAGCAUAUUCGAGAGAUGCGAUUGACUCAGUGACGAGGUGGUUUAAAGCCACGGGUACGAGUGAAAUCUUGACCCAGGAGGAGCCUGUCCCAUCUGGGGCGUAUGUGAUCUACGACGAGCCUGUCAUACAGAAGGCUUCUGACGAGGAUAUGGCAUGGGCCCCGGUUGUUGGUUUGAUUGAACUUCUGCCACGUCUCGCCAAGCUAUUAUAUGACUGUCAGAAUCAAUUCCCACCCAGUCUCCUAGAUGCUCUCCACGAGCACCAACCUGGCUGCAAACUAUAUCAUAUGACAUUCCGACUGAGAACACUGUUCUGGGAUACCCCGUAUCCUUAUGAAAUGGCCUUAGCGACGUCUCCGUGUCUAUAUGGGGUGAGACUCGCGUGUACUGAUCGAGAUACGGAUGGAGAUGACGACUUCAACCAAGCGGCGAUGAUGGACCUUGUGUCUGGUCUUGCUCCUAACUUGAGAGAAGUGACUAUCGUCAACUUCAGGGCAUAUAUGCCCUCGCGAUUUUUCCGACAACCAGAACCAUGGCACGGUCUCCCGGGAUUUAUUCCUGGAUCGUCUGUUGGAUCUUUGACUUCUCUUUCCCUCAUAGGCUCAGUACACGGUUUCCUGUCUGGGGAUCUCCAGAGCUGGGCCAAGUCGACAGACUUUCGCUGCUUGCAUCACCUAGCUCUUGGUGGAGGCUUUGGGGCUGAAUCAGCCGGAAUAUCUGGUGAGAUGAUGGAAUGGAUAUCGCAGAACUGUUCAUUCCCUCAACUAAAGACCCUUAUCGUCAGACUGAGUCGCUGUGACACCGACGUUCAGAAGCCUGAUUACAGCAGGCAAGCUAUUGAAUUUCUCGGUGCCAUCAGACCUCUUGCUGAGCUUUCAGUCUCCGGCCCCCUGGACCCCAGAAUCUUAGACGCAAUUCUAUCCGGACAUGGGCAAACGGUGAAAAGCCUAGAUCUACGCCCAGACGAGAACCCUUUUCAGGUCGAUAACCGUUGGUUUCGACGACAGAUACCUAUGAUAUUCUCGAAGCAAGAUAUUCUACAAAUCCAAGCCCAGUGUCCAGUGUUAGAGAAAUUAGCCAUCACUGUCAAGCGCACAAAGUCUGAUGCGAUUGAAGCUGACAUUUAUAGAACCUUCUCCAAAUUCAAUCGUCUGCGAUCUCUGUUCCUCACCCUGGAUUGCUCUAACUGGCGGGUCGUUCGAGAUCCUACUUACCAGCCUGCAUUCGAUGAAGAGGACAAUAGACCCUGUGAGGUACUUGGCGAGUGGCUCAAGGAAGGCCAUUUACGUGAAGCUUUCAUGAACUGUGCCGUGGACGAAAGGCUGGCACGAUCAAUUUGGGAGAUAAUCUGCCAGGACAAAAUGGGGAGAAAGUUGGAGUGUCUUAAAAUCUGGACCACGGGAGGGGGGAAGUUUGGUAAUACCACGUCGGGGGGUAACAUUGGGGACAUUGUCGAAAACCUGAGUCGCUCAUGGCUUCUCGAACGUGUUCCUCGGCACAAUGAGAACAUAAUCAGCAUUAGGGAACUGGGUCUCAAAGCCAGGGAAGCGCGGGAUAAGGAAGGAAGAGAAUUGGAUGAACGUCGAGAUGCCUACCUGUUAGAGAAUGGAAUCGAACCAACGCCAAGAGACUGUCACCCCAUGCGAGCAUUUCGCCGAGUCUGGCCUUGUAAGCCAGAUUCCAAGGAUUGGCGUCUGGAAUGGUCAAGCCUUCCUCUCCAGAUUGGAGAGUCUUGUGUUUAG